AUGACGACGCGGGCCUCGGCGCGGGCUGCGCUCUGGACAGACCUUAGCCGCAGCUUGAGCGCACUGGAGCUAUGGGAAGUCCCGGAAGAGAUCCUCGUCGACAUCUACUCCCAUCUCAUGCAAGGUCUCUCGACGCCGGACGCGGAAGAAGGCUAUGACUACCUCCGCGACGUGUCCAAGGACGCGCUCUCGGCGCUCGCUGGCACCUUCACGGCCGUCCUCGAGAGCACGUGCGAGACACCCGAGACGUCCAAGCAAUUCUGGCAGUGUGUCCUCACGAGCAUCAUGCAGCAGCGAGAUGCCGUCGACGACAACGACGACGACGACGAAGAGGCGUCCGGCGGUAGCCACCGCCACCUCCUCGUCGCCUUGCACCUUAUCAUUGCACAUGCGCUCGGUAUGGACAAGGCCGCAGCAGGCAUCGUGCCGACGAUGGAAGCCAUGGAAAUCGGUCUCAUGGCGGCCCACGUCUACCUCGUGUGGCUGCAAAUCCCAGGCGGCUCGGCCUUUGGCGUCUUUAUCCCGUUCCUGUACCGUGAAGUCCUGCGACUUUUGCACGCAUGGGCGACGCUCAUGUACUCACCCGACAGCGACGUGGCUGACCCCAACAUGCCACGGCAGCUCAAGCGCAAGCAGCACCAGACCCGUCGCGCGCCGGUCCAGUCCCCGGCCCUCGUCGCGUCGGGCCAGCGCGUGCUCGACUCCCUCGUGGCCACGACGACGCAUGUGGCGUUGCAGCACGACGCGCUCACGCCAACAAUCGAUGCGCUCCUUUCGGUCGUCAACUUUAUGCUACUGCGAGCCGCUCCGACCGAGUUGCCGCUCCAGAUUUUAAAGACGAUAUGUCUGCACCAGUCGCCGGACGCAGUGCACUUGGUGCUGGGCCGGCUCAUUCCGGGUGUCGCCCUGCGCGACAACGCGCUGCCGACCGGCCCAUGGGACAAGCUCCGGCACGCCCACGUCUUUCAUACGUGGGCGCUCGAUGCGAUCGAUGGCAUCCUGCGCGAGAUGCCUGCCAGCAACGAGGACAACGACGACGAUGACGACGACGACGAGCCGAUUCCAGACGAGCUCGUGCUGUGCGUGCUCCAACAGCUCUGUUUGCGCAUCCCCGACAAGAGCGACGACCGGAAAAAGGUUUGCGCCGGCAUUCAGCAGCUGCUUUCGCACCACAUCUUGCACCGCCCACCGUCGCUCUCGAUGUUCUUGACGUUUCUCGACAGCUACGCGCGCCACGAAAAGGUCAAGUACCGUCAGUUUGCGGUCGAAUUGCUCGCCGACCUCGUGCUGGAGCCGUCUGUCUUUGGCGCCGCCGACGGCGACAAUGACAGCUUUCUGGGGCUCGUGCCGCUGCUUCGUAUACUGGGCCACCGCGCGUGCGACCGGGUCUCCACCGUGCGCACCAAGUCGAUUGCGGGCAUUGCGGCCCUUUUAUCGUUUGGCACCAUCAACAGCGAGCAUGCGAGUCAAAAGCAGUUUGCGUCGGUGCUCGCAGAGACACUCACGUCGUCGGCGGUCGUGUGUCCGACCUCCCUUCGGUCCGCAACGGUCCACGCGCAGCUCCUCGCGCUGUGCCGCGACCGCCUCUUUGACGACAAGACCUAUGUCCGGCGAGCAUCGCUCCAAGUGCUUGAAGUGCUACUGCUGCGCCACGCAGACGCAGACGUUCUCGGUGACAUCCACGGACGCUGCGCCGACCCGUCCAUCAUUGUGCGCAAACAAGCCAUGCUGACGCUGACGACGCUCCUCACCGCGUCGCCCAAUGACAAGGACAUUCAAGUCACGUGGAACCUUGGCGUGCUGCCGCUCGUCCUCGACCCCGAGGCCACGGUGCAGACAAGCUGUCUUGGUUUGGUCGAGAAAAUCUUGCUCGAGAGGCUGUUGCAGUGGCACAAGAAGCACGCAACGGAUGCCUUUGUCGCCGCCGUCUACGCACAGCUCGCGCACCUCGACAGCUUUCUCAUCCGGUUUCUCCAAAAGGCCGUGCGCCUUUUGGUCCAACGAGGCGACGUGUCGGCCGCCAAGCUCGUGCGGCACGCGAUCGACGGCGUUCGCAGUCGCACCGACGACAAAUGGACCAUUAGCUGGGUGCUUCUCGACGAGCUCGCGUGUCGCAGCGAUGUGCUCGACGACGUGAGCGCCGCUGACGCCAAGGUCGUUGCGGGCUGCUGGGCCGACCGAACGCCGACGCCGCGCGAUCUCCACAACGACGUGGACGACGACAACGUGCUGCGCAUUCUUCGCGUGCUCUGCGCGCUGGCCGAGAAGCUGCCAACAGCCCAAGCGACCGAGCUCGCAACGGGUCUCCAAGAUGCGCUGCAAGGGUUUGCACAUUCGUUGAACCUGAUCCCGGUUGCCCUUCAGGGCUUGCAUGGUAUCCAUGGCGGAAGUGCGUGGCGGUCGUCGCUCUAUGACGCGUGCGCAUCUGUCCUCGAUGCGGACGCGCCGUCGUGGCCGACCGUCGAGCGCGCGCUCCAGACGAUGGGCGACCUCGUUCUGCUCGACGUCGACGACCGCGCGUCGACAGCACUGCCGCGUAGCCUCGUGGCGCGGCUUCAACGGUACCUUCUCCCGCGCCUCGCCGCCGACGUGGCUGAGACCCCGGCGUCAAUCCGCGCAUUGGCGUUUGUUGCUGUCGGCAAAGCCUGUCUGGCCGACGAGGCGUUUGCAAAGGAGAGCAUCACCAUGUUCAUGCGCGAGCUCCAGACGUCGCCGAUCGAAGCGAUUCGGUCCAACAUCCUCCUCGUGCUCGGCGACCUCUGCAUCCGGUGGACGUCGGUCGUCGACGUGUACAUCCCGACGAUCGCGUCGUCGCUUUUGGACCGGAGCCACGCCGUGCGGCGCAACACGCUGCUGCUGUUUUCGCAGCUCCUGCUGCAAGACUAUGUCAAGUGGAAGGAGUCGCUCCUGCACUACUUUUUACGUGCGCUCGUGGACCCGCAUGAGGAGAUGGCGUCCCUGGCGCAGCACAUUUUGUCGGGCCCGCUCCUCCUCAAGACACCGUCGCUCUUUACCAUGAAGUUUGUCGAAGCCGUCUUUGUGUUCAACAACGUCCCGACGCCGUCGCUGACCGGUGUCAUCUCGACGCCGAUGCUCCAGAACCUGAGCUUGUCGGGCAACCUCCAUUUCCCCAAGCGCCUCGUCAUCUACCGCUUCCUUUUGCAGCACAUGCGUGACGAGCAAAAGCUGCAAGUGUCGAUGAAGCUCGUGACGGAGGUCCUCGACGACGUGGUCGACGGCACACUCCGAUUGGCGUCGGACCCGACGACGAUAUCGGAAAACUCGAUCGAGGCCGUGCUCCAAGAUGCACUCAUUCUCUUGAGCAGCCCCGAAAUUCGCUUGUCGGCGCCGAAGGACCGCGACGAAGAGCUCCUCGAAGCCGGUGACACACCGGCGUCGACCCUCCAAGACGCGAAGCGGUCGCUCCUCUCCAAAAUGUCGCGCAAGAAUUUCAUCGAGAACGUUGUGCCGGUCGUGAUUGGCCUCAAGCACACGCUGCAGGCCAAGCGGAGUCCGGUCAUGCGCUACCUCAUGCACUGCAUCAAGGAGCUCUUUGCGUUCUACAAGGCAGAGGUCCACGACAUCCUCGCCGCCGACCCGCAGCUGGCGAAGGAAGUGCUCUACGACCUGCGCCAGUUUGAGCAGACGACGACACGCCGCCCCGCGCCGCCCGUAACCACGUCCUUUGCGUCCCAGCGCGCGUCGCUCGGCGGCUUGAGCACGAAGAAGGCGGCCAUGAUGACGCCGCUCACCCGCAUCCAGCGUGAGCACGACAAGCGAAGAGACACGAGCGACGCGGGCUUGAGCGACAACCUCGCCAAGACACUCUUUCUCUCGCCCAAACCCGGCCACAACAAGAGCGAGAGCGAGGACAACAACGACGAGGACGAGGACGAUGUCGAGGUCCCCAAGACACUCCCGCGGCCCGUGCAGCAGUGGAACGUCUCGGUGGAGUCGCCGUAUGUCAAGCAAGCCGCACCGCGCGAGGGCGCGACGGCACAGACGCUCGACUUUGCCGACGUCUCGAGCGACGACGCAUACGAGUCACCGAGCAGCCCAGUGCCUGCCGAGCAGCCCGGUGUCUAA